GACAGUGACAUGCUUUGCCGGUUGGGGCCGCGCUCCGGGCAGGCGGGUUGGAACCCGGCCGCGGCGGGGUCGGGAUGGAGGCGGCCGGGCCGCGGAGCAGGGACGCGCGGGGGCGAGCGGCGAGUCAGCCUGGCAGCCGAGCAGAGAAGAGCCCGCCGGAGAGCAGGAAAGUGUAUAUGGACUAUAAUGCAACCACCCCCCUGGAGCCAGAGGUCAUCCAGGCCAUGACUGAAGCCAUGCAGGAAGCCUGGGGAAAUCCCAGCAGCCCUUACCCGGCAGGUAGGAAGGCCAAGGAGAUUAUCAAUGCAGCUCGGGAAAACCUUGCCAAGAUGAUAGGUGCGAGACCUCGAGACAUGAUCUUCACUUCCGGGGGCACAGAGUCAAAUAAUUUAGUAAUCCAUUCUGUGGUGAAACAUUUCCACAAAAUCCAUGCCGCAGUGGGGGACACGGCCGAGCAUCCCAGCCCAGUGGAGGGGGCCCUGCCUCACAUCAUCACCUGCACGGUGGAACACGACUCCAUCCGCCUGCCCCUGGAGCACCUGGUGGAAGAACGAGUGGCCGAGGUCACCUUUGUCCCCGUGUCCAAGGUAAACGGGCAGGCGGAGGCUGAGGACAUCCUGGCGGCCGUCCGCCCGGCCACGUGCCUCGUGACCAUCAUGCUGGCCAAUAACGAGACAGGCGUCAUCAUGCCGGUGCCCGAGAUCAGCCGGCGAGUCCGAGCCCUGAACCAGCAGCGGGCGGCGGGCGGGCUGCCGGGGGUGCUCGUGCACACGGACGCCGCCCAGGCCUUGGGGAAGCGGCGCGUGGACAUGCGGGACCUGGGCGUGGACUUCCUGACCAUCGUGGGCCACAAGUUCUAUGGCCCCAGGAUUGGAGCACUUUACAUCCGAGGGCUCGGUGAACUCACCCCUCUGUACCCUAUGCUGUUUGGAGGUGGACAAGAGCGGAAUUUCAGGCCAGGGACAGAGAACACCCCGAUGAUUGCCGGCCUUGGAAAGGCGGCUGAGCUGGUGGCAGAGAACUGCGAGGCCUACGAAGCCCACAUGCGGGAUGUGCGCGACUACCUGGAGGAGAGGCUGGCGGCUGAAUUUGGUAAGAGAAUCCAUCUGAACAGCCAGUUUCCAGGCACUGAGCGACUCCCCAACACCUGUAACUUCUCCAUCCUGGGACCCCAGCUGCAAGCCAAGGGGCAGAGGAAGCGCUUCCUCUGGGACCUGCUGUGGUUUCUCUCACCUGCCGUCAGAGGGACCUGUGCCCUGGGAUUCCGUCAGGUGGUACGAGGGAGGGAGCCUUCCAACUUGCAGCAGGGAAGAGAGGCAGCCCCCGCCUGGACUCCGCCUCAGGGGCCCUGUGCUCUGUCUCCUAGGCCGCCUGGUGCUGGCCCAGUGCAGGACGCUGCUGGCCAGCAUGGGGGCUGCGUGCCACUCGGACCACGGAGACCGGCCAUCCCCGGUGCUGCUGAGCUGCGGCGUCCCCUUGGACGUGGCCAGGAACGCCAUCCGGCUCAGCGUGGGCCGCGGCACCACCCGGGCCGAAGUGGACCUCGUCGUGCAGGACCUGAAGCAGGCGGUGGCCCGGCUGGAGGGCCAGGCCUAGUGCCCAGGGUGGUGCCAGAAGGAGUCUUCCUCUUGUCCCAGAGCGUGUGGGCUCCGGGCUCCCUCCCGUCCCUUGGUCAGUGAGGGAGCGGGUCUGCUGGGCACACAGAUGCCACCGGUGCUGAGGGGCCCAGGACAAGAUGCCCUCGUGGGACCAUCCCUGUCACUGCUGCCCAGUGGCGCCAGUUGGAUUAGAAACGCUUUAGCCACGUCCACGCUCCCCUCCCGGAAGUGGGGCGAGCUUGUUACAAGCAUGCCCUUCCUGGAAGGUGGCAUUUUUAUCCGAAAGGUAAAAUCCUAGUAUUUAUAAUUGAUUGUCAGCUGCUCUCAUGGAAAUAGGAAACCUGGUUUUUGGCUGCUGUCCUGGCCUCUGUGCACCUGUUGGCUGAGAGGUCGGUCCCUCCUCACCCUCAUGGCCCUUCUCAAGCCCUUUCCAGAGGGAGGGGGCCCUUGCGGUCAGGCCCCCUCCCUGCUUGGCGUCCCCCCGCUUCCUGGGCCUGCCCAUCCUCCUCAUCACUUGCUGGUCACUCGGGCCAUCGACCACUGGGUGCCCUCUCACCCAGUCUGCAGGCCCCUCCCAUCCCUUCCAUUCGAUCAUUUACUCAGGGUUUCAGCUCAGCCAUCAGAGUCACGGGCGGCAGUGCCUGCGUGAUGCUGGGUCAUUCCCAAGGCGGAAAAUCGUUCAUCCCUUGCUCAGCUCCCAUCUCAGUUGUAUUUGCGGGAGGAUUCUUUGAUCUUCACAGAGGCAUUGUGGUAUCUGAUUCACAUCAAAUGUCAUGUCUAUGGAGACAUCUACAUAGGAGUGGUUUUUUUAAUUGAAUAACACUUUUAAUGUGCGGUUGAAAGGUGCAAGGAACUUCAUGAUGGCACUGAGGAAACAACCGUCAGAAAUUAGAUGAACUAAUAAAAGCUUCCAAUGCUUGUA